CAGCAUAUGGAGGUGAUUCAUGCAUGGUCUUCACCAAGGUCCUUGAGUACAAGUCUAAUGUACUCUUUCUCACAGAGGAAUGAUAUUGAAGUGCUUGAUGAGCCUCUCUAUGCUCAUUUCCUUCGAGUUAGUGGUUUUGAUAGACCUUACAGAGACCAACUACUCUCCAAUAUGGAAUCUGAUGGAAAUAAGGUCGUUAAUGACAUAAUUUAUCAUCCGGGAAACACCAAGUAUAGGUUUGUUAAGCAUAUAUCAAAACAAAGGGUGCUUGGUUUGCCUGAGGAUCUAAUGAAGAAAGGAAAGCAUUUCAUUCUAAUAAGAAAUCCUCUUGACAUAUUGUCAUCCUUUGACAAGGUUGUCCCCCCAUCUUUCUUUGAGUUGGGUUUGUUGGAGCUUGUUCAAAUAUACAAUGAACUCUCUGAGAUUGGAAACCCACCGCCUGUCAUUGACGCUGAAGAACUUCUAAAAGAUCCUGAGGCUACUCUACGGGGUCUCUGUGAUGAUUUGGAGAUUCCUUUUCAACCUGAAAUGCUCAGUUGGGAAGCAGGUCCAAAACCAGUAGAUGGCUUAUGGGCCCCUUGGUGGUAUAGCAAUGCACAAAAAUCUACUGGUUUUGAGGAACAAAAUAAGUAUCCUGAGCCAUUUCCCUUUUCUCUCUAUGAAUUGCUGGAGCAAAGUCUACCUCUUUACAACAUGCUUCGGCGCCAUGUAAAGAAGAAGACAUCCCUUCUGAGUUCUCAUUUGCCUCCUCCCGACCUUCCCGUUCCUGCAAACGAGAAAUUGCUUGCUUGGGUCGGUGAUGAGAUUGUGACACGUGAGAGUGCUAAGGUUUCGGUGUUUGAUUCAGUUGUCCAAGGUGGCGACUCAGUUUGGGAGGGUCUUCGAGUGUAUAAAAGAAAGAUAUUUAAACUUGAGGAACAUCUUGAUCGGUUAUUUGAUUCUGCUAAAGCUUUGGCUUUUGAAAAUGUUCCUACUCGAGAUGAGAUUAAGGAAGCUAUAUUCAAAACCCUAAUUAGGAAUGGGAUGUUUGACAAUGCUCACAUCCGACUUUCACUUACACGAGGAAAGAAGGUUACUUCUGGGAUGAGCCCGUCAUUAAAUCUGUAUGGAUGCACAUUAAUUGUACUCGCUGAAUGGAAGCCACCUGUUUAUGAUAAUGAGCAUGGUAUAGUUCUUGUAACGGCCACAACACGCCGCAACGCACCAAAUAGUUUGGAUUCAAAGAUACACCAUAACAAUCUCCUCAAUAACAUACUCGCUAAGGUUGAAGGCAAUAAUGCCAAAGCAGACGAUGCAAUCAUGCUUGAUAAGGAUGGUUUUGUAUCUGAAACCAAUGCUACAAAUAUCUUCAUAGUUAAGAAAGGCCGGGUUUUGACACCACAUGCUGAUUAUUGUCUUCCUGGCAUUACUCGAGCAACUGUCAUGGAUCUUGUGGUGAAGGAGCAGUUUAUUUUGGAAGAGCGGAGAAUCAGCCUGUCAGAAGUGCAUACAGCAGAUGAGGUAUGGACUACAGGAACGAUGGGAGAACUAAGUCCAGUAGUGAAGGUUGAUGGACACACAAUUGGUAAUGGAAAAGUUGGCAAAAUAACUAGAAAAUUGCAAGCUAUUUAUAAAAAGUUGACAGAAGAGUCCGGUGUGCCAAUACAAAACUAUUUUGAGACUUGA